GUGACGGACUCUCUUGAUUGGUCAAAAUAAUUGACUCAUGAAAACUAGCAAUAAGCGGAGGUUAUCUCGUUCUUAAUUUCUCACCGAUUUGUUUCUUCUAUUCACUGAUUUUGUAUUGAAUAGCUUACGAGUGAAAAUUAAAUUUUGUACGCUUUAGUUGUGGGCCUAGAGUAGAACGUUUGUGAAUAGGUUCAAGUUCAGUUUGAUGUGUCAGUGGAAUUAGGACAUAGCACGAUGGAGAGAAAGAUCAAAUUAAAGACGCUCAACAGUUACAUUACUUGUAAGAUCUGCAAGGGCUACCUGGUCGACGCGACGACGGUGACGGAAUGUUUGCACACCUUCUGUAAGACGUGCGUCGUUAAGCACCUCGAAGAGAACAAUACGUGCCCGACGUGCAAUAUAGUCAUACACCAAUCCUAUCCACUCCAGUACAUCAGUUUCGACAGGACGAUGCAGGACAUUGUCUACAAGCUGGUGCCCAACCUGCAAGAGAACGAGAUGAAAAGAGAAAGGGAGUUCUACAAACAGAGGGGGCUCACUUGCCCCAAGGAUGUCAUCCAACCGAACAACGAAAUCGAAGACGAGAAACCUCAGAACCAGUUGGAAGCCGACUUCCACAGGCUUGAUGAACAAGUCAACGUUGGGCUGGAGUGUACUGCUGAAAACCUCAAAGCGCUCAAGAGGAAGUUCAUUCGCCUUUCGUCUCAGGCGACCAUCACACACUUGAAAAAAUUCAUAGCCAAGAAAGUGCUCGAUGGUAUGGAGAAAUACAGAGACAUCGACAUACUUUGCAACGAUGAACUCCUCGGCAAAGACCACACUCUUAAGUUCGUUUAUGUCACCAGGUGGAGGUUCAAAGAACCACCACUUCGCCUUCAAUACAGGCCUCGUAUAGACAUAUAAUUUAGCAUAUUUUUGCAAUAUUUAUUAUCAAUGAACAAAGGUGAGAAAAUCAGUGGUUUAACUUUUAUAACAAAGUACUUUUUAUUGAUUAGAACAAUUAGUAUUUUUAA